UUGACAUUACGUUAGAUGCCGGAGAAAUGUAUAAAAGAUAAUGAUGCGUAUGAAGGUGCAUCAGUCGCCCAUCACCACCGAACCAAACUUACCAAAAUGAAAUCGAUCAUCCUCGUCGCCCUCGCCCUCGUGGCUGUAGCCGUGGCUGGCCCCGCUGCCCCUGAAGAGGUCAAGAUCGUUCGGUCUGAGUUCCAGCAGCAGCCUGAGGGUGGCUACCAAUUUGGAUAUGAAGCUGAUAAUGGCAUCGUCCGUGAAGAGGUCGGUGAAGUGAAGGAAGCUCUGGAUGAGGAGAACAAGCCCCACAAGGUCGUUGUCGUCCGCGGAUCUUACAGCUACCCCGGAGAGGACGGCAAACCCAUUUCCAUCUCUUACUUCGCUGACGAGAGCGGAUACCACGCGGAUGGAGAAUCCAUCCCCAAGGUCCCCGCCAGGAGAUAAGCUAUCAAAUACGACGCGCAGAUGAAUGAUCAAUUGAUCAAUUAACAAAUCAAUUAAUUGUUUGUUCAUCAGCUACCUGUGAACUGACCUGAUAACGUUUAAGGAAUUUAUAUAAUGGUUACGAUGAGGCAAGAGUGUGGUGCGGAAGAUCAUCCGCGCUUCCCUUUUGUUGCUCAUUGGUUCUUGUCACUCACUGCCAUAUUUUUGUACGUUUUUAUAUUAUUUGUUGUGAUGUAGCAAUUAAAUUUCAAUUGAAGUCA